UAGCAGUCGUUGCUGUCUUAGCAGUCUGUUCGAGCAGUACGGAGUUUUGCGUGUCCUCUAAAUUUCAGUAGAGAAUAAAUAGUAAAAGCCGGACUGUCUUCUGAAGAAGACAAGUAUAGAUUUUGCUUCCUUUUAUUGCCGUCGAGAACAGGCGCAAGGUUUGACUGACGCCGCGACGUGCUUAGGUUAACGUUAGCUCAGUCACGAACUUUCCAAAACACGAUUGAAGUGCUUUUAAACUGUUGUGGUUUCGUCACUUUUACGUAAGCAACUGCCUCAUGGGCGUCUCAUGAUAUUAACUUCGUUUAUGGUGUAUUUGCUGAUGCUGUAGGGGACCUCUACAAAGCACUGCAGUGCUGCAAUGCUUUCAAAGAAGUGAUACAGUGCUUUGAAGGGCGCAUCUGCAAUUAAAGUUGGAAACCAUAUCUGUUGGAGGAAAAGCUUUAAGUUUGAUCUCUUGAACAGCGUUGACCUGCAUAAUGGACGGAAUAGACACCUUGCAGAGCUCUGCACCAGAGACAAAAGCUGAGAGAAUUGCUCGCUACAAGGCAGAAAGAAGAAGGGAGCUGGCCGAGCGCUACGGCAACACAGAUGAAUUCACUUCCAAAUAUGUCAAAAAGGACAAGAAAAUUGCAGAGACAUCUGAAAUGGCAUCAUCAGCAACCGGGGAGACAGAAAAACAUGAGGAUAAUGCAUCAGAGCCAUCAUGUACCAGGAGGGGCUUCAGGAAUAAAGUGGCAGACACUGUGGAGAAUGUUGGUGAUGAUCUUGCCCAGGAAAAAGAGAAAACUACUCGCCUCAGAAUAGACACAGCUUCAUCCUCAAAAUCUGAGAUUGUCUCCUCCACAAAGAUUUCUUCUCAUUUAACGCUGCUGGAAACUGAUGACACAGAGGAGCCUAUGGCUGAUAAGAAGCCUGUGGACUUGGGCAACAAAGGUGUCACUUCCAAGAAGUCUCAUUUUAAGGAAUUUGAGGGGAUGGAUGACGGAAGCAGCGGCCAGCCUGGCGAUGAAAGAGUAAAACAUCAGCUAAUUAGCAAUGAUGAAGAGGAAAAUCAUACCAGCUGCCCUAAAGCCAGUAUCAGAAAGGUAACAGAGAAGUCCACAGAUGAAUCUUCCUGGAAGGAGACACUUGGACAUUCUGCCACCACAGAGGAAAAGCCUUCCAGUAUCCUGUCAGAUAAAGCUCUUUCCUUCACAAAGAACAGCGACUACUCCCCCCCUCCUAGUUCUCCCUGCCAUUCUCUGCCCUCCCUGCAGCGCCAAGACUCUGGGCCUCAAGGCAUCAAGGGAAUCCUAAAGAAAAGCCGCUCUACCAGUGUGGAAUCAGAGCACAGCGAGUGCUCGAUGUCUGAACAUGUGCCAACCCGGCAAAGCGGUGUAACCCUGAGCCACUCUGAGAGCAGGGAGGAAGAGGAUGAGAAGGAGGAGGAGGGGGAGGAAGAGGUGGAGGAAGAAAUCAACGGGCAAAGUGACAAAGAGGAUGAGUCAUUAGCUGAUGAUAUCACAGACGGUGGGAGCUUCAGCAUGGACAGAGAACAGGGGGAUGGUGGCAGCAGCACUAGCAGCAGAGGGAGUUUUGAGGAGAUGCGGAGCCCCUCGCCCGAUGAGAGCCUGGAGAAGACUUCCACAAUGUCAGAGGAUGUCGACGAACUAGAGAGCAGUUUGGAUGGAAGUCUGGGCUCGUCACUUAAACAGAGACUGGCAGAGGUGACGGGUGAAGAGAGUAGGAGCAGAGAAGGACUGAAGAAGCAAAAGCAUUCUGAGGUGAUCCAAACAUCAUUGGCUGAUCGCUUCAGCCAGCUCCAAGAUGCUGAAAAUUCCUGGAAAAAAAAGAAGUCCGGAUUUGAUCUGGAGCCCAAGAUGUCAUUGGCUGAAAGGAUGAAGACCCUCAAAGACAAGGAGGAACAGUGGAAGAGCCGUGGCAAAGGAGCCGCCAAUGACUCAGUCCAGUUCACUGUGGCUGGACGAAUGGCUAAAAGAGGUCUCGUGUCCGAUACUGGAAAGGAAGAAUCCCCCAUUAUAUCUCUUAAGAAGUCUAAUGCCACACCUGUGAAACCACAUGAAGGAAUCUCCAACAGAACCGAUGUCAAAGUGGAAGGAGAUAAACGUCUUGACAAGCUGGAAUGUUUCCUGGACAGGCUACACAAUAAAGGCGUGAGCAAAAGCAAGACCUCUACCAUCGAGGUGACAGCAGAGAUGGAGAAGGAAGUGAUGACGCUGGAUGAUGAAGAGACGUUUGGGAACUUCUACAAAUCCGUCUCACCCUCGGCAAUCCUGGACUCCAGUGUGGUUUUGACAGAAGAGGACCUCAGCCAGAUCCAGCCUGAUACACCCAAGCUCACCUCAGCUGUAGCAGAACACAAGCGAGCAGUACGGCCAGCCAGAAGAAAUCAGGGCUCCAGGAACCCUGUGCGGGCUCUAGCAGCCCGUAACGACAUCCGACAGGUCUACACCGAACAGAGGCUCAAUGUGGCCACGGUGGAGACCAAAAGGAUCCAAGUGGAGAGGAUGGCAAAACAUUCCAACCUAGCCGACGUGGCCUUGGCAGGACUUGCCAGCAAGGAGAACUUUCGUAAGGUCAGCCUGCGCAGCGUGAAGUCCACAGAUGUCGUUACCAACAACAGUGCUGUGCCUUUCAAUAAGCUCAUGCUUAUUCGCAUCAAAGGUCGGAGGCACAUCCAGGUGCGCUUGAUGGAGCCUACAGCUCGUUCCUUAAAUAGUGGGGACUGCUUCCUUCUUAUAACACCGAAACACUGCUUUAUGUGGAGCGGAGAGUUUGCCAAUGUCAUUGAAAAAGCCAAGGCAUCAGAGAUGGCAUCAUUUGUUCAGGCAAAGAGGGACCUUGGUUGUAAGGCCCCUCAAGUAACUGUUCUGGAGGAGGGCAUCAACACUGAGAGCAGAUGGGCCAAAGAGUUCUGGAGCCUCCUGGGAGGAAAGACCCAAUACAGAGGAGCAGGAGAGCCAGAGGAGGAUGAGCUGUAUGAGAGUGGGGUGGUCGACUCUAUUGGAGUGUAUAGACUCCAGGGAGACAAACUGGUGCCUCAUGAAGAUGCCUGGGCCUCCAUCCCAAGUGUAUCCCUUCUCAACUCUAAGGAGGUCUUAGUGUUUGACUUUGGCAGUGAAGUGUACGUAUGGCAUGGGAAAGAUGUGCCCUUGGGUGACAGAAAAGUAGCUGUUAAACUGGGCAAACAGCUUUACAGCGGCAGCUAUGACUACAGCAACUGCAGAGUCAACCCUUUAGAUGCCUCCUGCACAAACAAGGACGUGCCGCAGAAAGGAGAGGGACGUCCAAGCUGGGCUUUGUUUGGCCGGCUGUCGGAGCACAAUGAGACGUCCCUGUUUAGGGAGAAGUUCCUGGACUGGGCUGAGAGGAAAAAAGAGGAAGCAGCUCCCACAGAGGAACUCAAGAGUCCAGACCGCUCCACCCCACGUUCCCCUCUGGAUUUGGACCUGCAGCCAUGUGAUGCCAAAGCCCUGCUGAACAAUGAGCCAGAGCCAGUGAAGACAGUUCUGGAGGGGGUUGAUGUCCAGCGGGGGAACGGUCUGGUGAGGAUUGAGGAUGGAAGACAGGCAGCUUUGGACACGGUGGCUGUGGAAGCCUGGCAUAUCAAAGAGCAUGGAGAGGAGGAAUUACCCCAGGAGAGUUUGGGCCACCUGCAUGAGGGCGAUGCUUACAUCAUCCGCUGGAAGUACUCUAUCACCACUCUUGUGGGGAAGCGGCAGAAACCAGGGGAGUGGAGUACUGGAGGUCCUGGCCGAGAGAGGAUCGCUUGUUUUUUUUGGCAGGGCCGUCACUCCAGUGUCAGUGAGAAAGGAACUUCAGCUCUGAUGACUGUGGAGCUGGGCAGCCACCGGGGCUCACAAGUGCUAGUGAGUCAAGGAAAAGAGCCCCCGUGCUUCCUGCAGCUCUUCCAGGGUGGUUUGAUCAUCCACAAAGGAAGUAGAGAAAACAGUACCAACAACACAGGGAGCUGGAGGUUGUUUUGUGUCCGUGGUGAGGCAGAGGUGGAGGCCUCUCUGGUGGAAGUUGACUGCCAGUGUGUCAGUCUGCGCUCUCGUGCCAGCAUGGUGCUGCUGGAAGCUCAGAAAGGCCAACUCUACUUAUGGCAUGGGUGCAAAGCAAAUGCAGGUGCUAAGCUGGUGGCCAAAAGGGCAGUGGACAAACUGACCCAGAGGUGUCCCUCAGAGUUAGGACUGAGUAGCACCAGCAAGCUGAAAGUUGAAGAGGUGGAGGAAGGAUCUGAACCCACAGAGUUUGUGAAGGCUUUAGGCUCGCAGGACAAAAAGGCUUAUGACUGCAUGCUGCAAGAUCCAGGAAAGUACAACUUUACACCCCGACUCUUCCGGCUGAGCGCCAGCUCUGGAGUGUUUGAAGGGGAGGAGCGGCUGUAUCCUGCCAGGGUGGCAGAGGGCGUCAUGGCCAUGCCUUUCCUGCAGGAGAACCUCUACAACACACAACAGCCAGCCUUAUUCAUGCUGGACAACCACAUGGAGGUGUAUCUGUGGCAGGGCUGGCAGCCUGAAGAUGCUGGGUGCACCGGCUCUGCGAAGAUGCGCUGGGACAACGAGAGAAAGUGCGCCAUGGAGACUGUGCUGCAGUACUGCAAAGAGAAGAAUCCUCGGCGUCCUCCUCAAGCUUAUCUGGUCCUUGCAGGCAGUGAACCCCUGACGUUCACCAACAUCUUCCCGUACUGGGAAGAGGACACCAGUAUCCCUUCUCAGGGUGAGAACUCCAAAAACAAAGUGGUCAUGGUGAAAGAGGCGCUGUCUAAACUCAGUAAGGAGCAGUACUCCAUUGAAGAGCUGACCAGGAAGCCUCUGCCUGAGGGAGUGGACCCUCUACGCCUGGAGGACUACCUGUCUGACCAGGACUUCAAGACAUUUUUUGAGAUGAGUCGAGUUGAGUUCAAUGCCCUGCCAAACUGGAAACAGAAGAAUCUGAAGAAGAGCAAGGGUUUGUUUUAAAAACAAAACUCAUUUUGUACACAAAUAUAUUGUUUUUUAUCCUGCUCAAACACUUUGAUUUUUUUUUUUCAUUUUAUUGAAAAAGAACAAAAAAGUUAUGCCCUCAUUUUGUAAAAGCUUAUAAAAAAAAAAACAUACAAUUUUGUUGAACUGUUGAUCUAUUUUUAACAGCAGUGCCAUUUUUAUGUUACACUGUAACGGAAAACUUUCAGCCUACACUUGUGUGCAAUUAUUACUCUCUUUUUUUUCUAUGGUUAAAAAAAGGUUACUUUCAUAUUUUAAUUAUGUAACAUACCGAUAUGUGUGUUUGUUUACUCAGUUACGCUGAUUUUUGUGUAAGAAAGUCGAGGGAGUGAUUCAUCUUUUUUUACAUUUAAUGGAAAGAGCCAGCUCCGUGCACAGAGGAGUGCAGAAGCUUAGACUUUGACGUUAACAAAGAAAAGUGAAACAAACCAAAGUUCAGAUCAAAGUUCCCUGAAUUUUUUUUUAGCUGUUUUAUGAUCUCAGAUCAUAAGUCUGGGCCAGAAAUCUGACUUUUCAGUUGUAACUACUGCAGAAACAUAUUCAGUCUUUUUUAUUGAUGGAAAUCAGAAUUAAAAAGAAAAAUCCAACUUCCUGAUGAACUUAAUUAAUUGAAGGCAAUUGAAACCUAAAAGCUUGGUACUGAAUAUUUCUGGUUCUGUUAAAUAAUUGCCUCUGUGCCACUGAUGGCAUCCCUCUGGUUGUUUGGGACCAAAUCCAAUCUUGUUUUUUUCUGGUAAAUGCACAACUUUAAAAGUAUUAAGUGUGUGUCUGUGUGUGCGUGUAUGAGACUGUGAGAAAGAAACUGCCUUCGUAGUGAAACCUGUGUUCCUCACCUGUAAAGGUCAUGUUUAUCUGCCUGUGAUGUCUGAAUUAGGAAAGUCUGCAAUCAUGUAUUCAUUUGUUGCAAUAUGCAUCUUGUUUGUAAUAAAAAAGAUAUGUAUUAUAAGUGGAGACAGUAGUGAGAAUAAGAUACUAAUACUCAGUAUUCCUUUUGAAAUAAAAAAUAAAAUAAAAAAAUCUCUGG